AUGACUCAAGGAGGAGAAAUUGAGCCGUUACUGAAUCCAGAAGAAGAGCGAUUUGUGCUGUUUCCUAUAAAGUAUGAUGACAUAUGGGCCUUGUAUAAGAAGGCCGAGAGUUCGUUCUGGACUGUGGAGGAGGUCUCUCUUGACAAGGAUGUUGAGGAUUGGGGGAGGCUGAAUGCAAAGGAAAAGCAUUUCAUCUCGCAUGUUCUUGCCUUUUUCGCAGCCUCUGAUGGGAUUGUCAACCUCAACCUAGUCGAAAGAUUCUCCAGCGAGGUCAAGAUACUUGAGGCAAGGUUCUUCUACGGGUUUCAGGUAGCAAUUGAGAGCAUCCAUAGCGAGAUGUACAGCUUGCUCAUUGAGACAUACAUAAGAAAUGCAGAAGAGAGGGACUUUCUGUUUAAUGCAAUCAAGAAUAUUCCAUCUGUGAAGGAUAAGGCGGACUGGGCAAUAAAAUGGAUUGAAGACAAGGACUCGGACUUUGCAACCAGGCUUGUGGCGUUUGCCUGUGUGGAGGGAAUAUUCUUCUCUGGGGCGUUUGCAUCCAUAUUCUGGCUGAAAAAGAGGGGGUUGAUGCCCGGGCUGACGUUUUCGAACGAGUUGAUAAGCAGGGACGAAGGGCUGCACUGUGAGUUUGCAUGCCAUCUCCACAGAUACCAUCUGAACAAUAAAUGCACAAGAACAAAAGAGGUUGUGAUGGACGCUGUAAGAAUCGAGAAGAGGUUCUUGAGUGAAAGCCUACCUGUGAAUCUUAUAGGGAUGAAUUGCGAGCUCAUGUGUAGAUACAUAGAGUUUGUGGCCGAUACGCUUCUGGAGAAUCUUGGGGAGGAGAAGAUAUACCAUGCCAUCAAUCCAUUCGAUUUCAUGGAGAACAUUUCGUUGGUUGGAAAGACAAACUUCUUUGACAAGAGGGAGUCUCAAUAUCAAAAGGCAUUUGUAGGGAUUGAGAACGGAAACGAUUCUUUCAGGAUAGACGUGGACUUCUAA